AUGCGACCAACUCUCCUGUUAUUCCAUCCGCAGUUGCGCACUUCGUUACCCCAGACCGUGCGGAGGGAUCUCAGCAGCCGAUUGUUUGCCCGCUUAAAGACGACGACAAAUUCCCCAACUCUAAAGACCCCUCGAACCCCAAAAGAAGAAGCUCCUCUGUUGAAGACAAAAGAUGGCUCCCCAGCUGGCCUGCGUACUCCGGGUACAUCUCCGGCCGCGCAUGCAAAAUCCGCUAUCCGACGAGGACCACCGGAGCGCAUUCUGAUCUAUCAUGGAGGAACGGGUCGGACACUUUUCCUGGGAAUGCUACGAUUGACCACCAUAUUCCUCUUCGGCGCAUCAUGUCUCCUCGUUGCGCCGGCCUUUGCCGCUGAUGAAUACCCGUGGUACCUAGCUCCUGCUGUGGUCGCCGGAGGCACGAUUCCCAUGCUCUUCGUCGCCUACACCUCCGCCCCAUUCGUCAACUUCGUCCACCUAGCCCUCCCUGUCUUCGCCCGUCGCUCUCGCGAACAAGCAAUCCAAUACGCAAGAACCCUCCCCCCUACCGCUACCCUCUACAUCAACACCAUGAAGUUCACCACCAUCCCCCGUCAGACAGAAGUGCGAGUGGGCGAUCUCGUUGCGGACAAGGCGUUGCUACGGCCCGUGAGCUUUCGAAACCGGAAUCCUGCUCCGCUGCCUUGGUGGAAAGGAAGCACGUUAAAACAGUUCUGGACGAUGGAGAAGAGCCAAUCAGGGAAACAGUCUACAACAUUUUAUCCUGAGCUGUGGGGGCAUGUAUACAGGCAGAUACAGAGCAAUGUGUCAAAGAAACGUUGA